AUGCCUUCCUUCCUUUCGAGCCUUCGGAGAAAGAGCAAGGCCAACAUCAAGAUAGAGGAGAAGCAUGCCCAGAACCAUGUGAAUGGCAAUGUCCACAUGAGUGGUCAGAACGGCAAUGGCGUGUCCCGGCGCAAAUCGUCGUCGACCUUGAAUUCCACCGCCCUUGGAUCAUCGACCACAUCGACCACGCCUGCGACAUCGACUUCCGGAGAAACUAACGGCCACCCGAACGGCGUCAAAGACGAUAUCCCACCACUGCCCACGCCUCGGCCUCAGCGCCCUGGUGCAAACCCUACAAAGCGCUACAGCUUGAACGGUAUGUCGACCUCUAGCAGCUCGCAGAUCUCUGCCAACCCUUCUUCGCUGCUCGCACCCCGCGUGCUUUCCGUUUCCGAUGGCUCAUGGGUUCAUCAGCAGGUCCUGUUGAUCUUCGGGAAAAUUGGUGACUCGGCUGAUAGACCGCUGGACGGCACCGUGACCAUAAACCAUCACCAAGGGCGCUUUCCUCCCACAGCUUGGCCAGCGUGCGACUCUCAUUUUAAGGCACUUGUACACCUUGAGCCGGGCUGGAACCGUCUCCGCUUGGACUUUACCUCUCCCAAAGUGUCUUCGAGCAACACCUCGGUCUCCCCGCACGCUUCCUUCCUUAAUGUUAAUCAUCUUCCUCUUACCGACUCCCCACCGCUCCAACUUGCAAUCAUCCUCGGUAGCGACUCCUCUGGAACCUACGAUGCAACGCCGGACCGCAUACAGCGUGAAGGUAAUGGGUUGGAUCUUGCUGUCAAGAAAUUCCGCAUGGCAGCAUACCUCUGGCAAGCUUUCACCGGCGAGCAGAUGAACCGUCACGGCUUUGGGAGGAGGUGCUUUCGCUUCGAGGAUUCCUGGGAGCCGGGAACGUUGAGCUACCAAGAUUGGGGGACCGGUCAAUUUCGGAACCAGGCCAAGAUUCACAUCAUUCGGUCAGACAAGACCGUUGCAGAGAUCAGAGACUUGGAUCGUGCACAACAAAAUCCGAAAGGAACGAAAAAGGGGGAUUUGUUCGGCAUCGCUGCUGAUGCUGUGAAGAAUUAUUUCCAGAUGAAGCCGGGCCAAAAGCAAUAUGUGUCUUGUCUCUUCCUUGACGCACAUUGGGAUCCCCACCACCAGAUAAUUCUGGGGCAUGCCGCUCUGGGUGGGGGUGUCGGUGAUCUCCAACUUGGCAUCUUUGGAUCGCAUGCUUUACAAAGCUAUCCUUCAAGUAUUGAGGAAGUGUGGCAGGCGUUCGGUGACUGCACGAGGACAGAUACCGCACACGUUGCUAAUGACUGCAAUGAAGCUGGUAGCAAUUGGGAAUCCGCAAAUAUCGGUAUCGGAGCUCAUCUCCAUGAGACUGGUCAUCUUUUUGGAUGCCCUCACCAGGAGUCGGGCGUUAUGUUGCGCGACUACGUAACUUUCAACCGUACCUUCACUACUCGCGAACCGUAUUCGACGCGCACUAAAUCACCUGGGCAGCGACUGGUGAUGCCCACGGAUGAGUGCGCCUGGCAUAUCCUCGACGCCCUACGCUUCCGAUUCCACCCGUGCUUCCGGAUACCUCUGGAUUACGGAACCGGAGACGGCAGUGUACAAGUCUGGACGGUUGAUAACGGCCAGGGAGGUGCCAUCGCAACUUCAAAAUCCGGAAUCGCCUGGGUGGAGUUGUACCCAGAAGGUGAGGAUGUUUGCCGCUACUGGAAGCGAUGGCCUGAAAUCGAAAAUCAAUACCCUCGCCAGGUGUCACUGGCUGAAUCUGAACUCCGCGACCUUUUACCCAAAGAGAAACAAAAGUCCCGUCUCAAAGUCGAGAUAUUCUCUGCUGGUGGUGGCAAGCACGUGGUGGAGGACCUUGCUCAACUCGCAAACCGAAAGCUCGCUCGCGUGAAGCUGCCCGAUGGACGAUGGGGCUACCGCAGCGGUAAAUUAGGCUAUUCACAAAUGGAGGGCUCGCAACCGCAAGAGCUCAUUCUCGAAAGCGCACAUAUUCAAACGAAACUUCUCCUAUCAAUCCGAGUAUACCACGGACUUGCUGUUGAUGGUCUUGAGUUUAUCUACGAAGACUCCACGAGCCAGCUAUUCGGCAAGAAAGGCGGGCAGCCGGGCGGAACGGAGUUCGCGUUAGACACGAGGAAGGGCGAGCUACUACUUGGUUUCGCGCUGCGCGCUGGACUUUGGAUCGAUGGAAUACAAAUUUUGACUAGUCUUGGCCGGAAGAGCGAUUGGUUUGGCAACGCUCACGGCGGCAGCGGACAUACGCUCAUUCCUCCUCGUGGCUACACCAUCGGUGGUAUAUCUGGCUCGAGCGCGGCUUGGCUUGACGGCUUCCAAUUAAUCAUCACCAGGUGA